CUGGUGAUCUGCCUUACAUUCUAUUCACACACCCACAGGUGUAUUUAUGUUACGUUAUGCUGUAUAUCCAUGUAUCAAAACCUUUAUUAAUACAUACAACAGUAAUGGAAUGUAGUUUCAUUUUACUGUUGUCAUUUUUGCUUACUGCUCCAAAGAUGGGCCUAUGCAACUACAUUAUUCAUUAGUUAGUGAUAACUGAUAAUAAGUGGUUUAUCAUGUGUUAUUUGAAACCAAGUGAACGUUUUUCAUGGGUGGAGAACAUUUUUGUCAUCAUGACUAGAUUAGAGUAUAUUGGAUACACUGAAUUACUCAUAAGUAAGUUUUAUGGUAGAGUUUGUGCUGUAAAACGUGAAAGGGAGGGUCAUUGUGCUCUUAUAAAAUGCACCUCCAAAGUAUCCUAUUGUAAAAUACAUUCCCCUGUUGUUUAGCUGGAUUGAUCUUUCAGGUGGAUUUUUUUAUAUCCAAAUAUUAAGGAUGAAUGUGCUCUGUUUUUCUGUACUUGCCAUUUUAUGCAGGUUUGCUUCAAGUGCAGAUUGGUGCUAUCAAUCUCAAGUAACUUGCAACAAUCAGUCCAAAGAAAGAUGCGUAGGACCGGAUGAUUGGGCAAUAGUAGCCGCAGACUGUGGAAAUACAAAACAGUCACCUAUUAACAUUGUAACAAAGAAAGUUGUCUUUGACAGUCGUCUGACCCCAGUGCAGUUUACAGGCUACCAAGAGACAAUCAGUACUCUCAUUACAAACAAUGGACACACUGUGCAAGUUAAUCUGCCAGACAGAGCAGCAAUUAGUGGGGCCAAUUUAGGAGCCAAUUACAAAGCUCAGCAGCUUCAUCUGCACUGGGGCAAGAAUGGUGGACCUGGAUCAGAACAUACUAUAGAUGGAGAGAAAUACCCUAUGGAGCUUCACAUUGUACAUAUUAAAGAAAAUUACAACUCUGUGGAACAGGCCAUUAAUGACCCUUCAGGAGUUGCUGUCCUUGGACUUUUUUAUGAGGAAUCACCGAGUGCCAAUAAAAAAUAUGAUGGCAUUAUAAAUUCUCUGAAAAAUAUUACACAUCCUGGCACCAAUGUAACACUGUCAGCUGUAUCAUUAGACAUGCUCAUUCUCCCCCAUAAUGAAUUGGAGAGGUACUUCCGCUACCAGGGGUCCCUCACCACACCAGGCUGCUCUGAAGCUGUGGUCUGGACAAUAUUUGAGAAAGCGAUUCCACUCAGCAAAGAACAGCUUUCUGCGUUUUCAAACCUGACGUUUUCUGACGGGACUGCCAUGGUAAAUACACACCGCCCCGUUCAGCUGCGGUAUGGACGUGAAGUGUAUUAUUCUAGGAGUUAUGUUUUUUGUGUUAGCACUGCCUUAUUUGUCAGCUCUAUUUUCACAUCCCUCUGUGUUCUCACUGUCUGAUUUAUGUUGAGGUUUUACUCGGAAGCAAGAUAUUUAUCAUUCAUCAAAUAAUUCAAGGCGAAUCAAACUUUAUUGUCAUUCAGCCAUGU